AUUCAGGAUUUAGUGUAGGUUUUCAAGCUGUGAAACGAAUGAAUGGAAUUAUAAUGCAUUCUUAUGGGAAAAUCCUGCUCGACAUACGACCAUUUUUACUUACAAACAAAGUCCUGGAACGAAUUAACUUUGUAUGUGGAGGUACCACUGUUUAUACAGAGUAGAGGUGCAUUAGUGAAGCCGACAUGCCGUAUCUAACUAACUACAUGUUUAAGGCCAUUAUCCGUCCUAGUCUAGACGUAUCUUAAAUUGCUCUUUGAGGGAUAAGGGUCACGUACCCCGAAGGGUGUAACGGUAAAUGUAUUUGUAUUGAACCGUUUCGGUACGUGGUGCUCGGUUCGGAACGGAGGUGUACCGAACGAGUUUCUGACGUAAUGUAACCCUUACUUUUUGAGGCUGUGAGUCGAUCGGGUUACAGUUUCAUUGUGUAGAUUAUAUUUACACCAUCUUCUCUACUGUAAUGAGGACCAACACGGUAGGACAGUACAACCCAGAAACGUCAACGGCGCGACAACGUGGCCGCUACGAGAACGCAGUGAAACGCGGGCGUUAAAGUCAAUCAGCCAAUGCACACCAGUCGCAUUGUGGCCGCGUGUUACGUCCCAGAAGCGGCUCAACACGACGCACGCGAAAAGAACGGCAGAGUUUAUUAUUUGACGCAAGACGCGGCCCUCCUGCGUCAAAUCUACUGCUGGUACCUAGGAUCGGGCAGACCGGAAGUCACUCGUGUAAAAAUACAGUGGAUCCGGUCGAUUUUCAAACUAAUAUGCAAUCAUAAACCAGUUUUUGAGUCCAUCAGAUUUCUUGAGUGGUAGAUCAGGGUACAGUUGACUUGUCUUUGUUGUUUUACUGCUGUAUUCUCUAUAAUAAUAACCAAAACGGCCCAAUGUUCAAUACAAAACCCUCCUACCACAACAAAAUAAGUAGGAACUAAUAUUCACAUAGGAACUAAAGUUAUACAACAUAAAAUAUACCAUAUAAAUGAAUACUACAUCACAUUUGUAAAAUACAAACACCUAAUAAAAUAAAUAAUAGCCCAUUUAAAUAAAAUAAAUUGAAAUGAGCUAAAACACCUGUAAUAAAAUAAUAAGAAUAAUACAAAGAUCCUGCUUACACAAUUAAAAAUAUUAAUUUCUGUGUGGUGCUUUAACUUGAGAAAAUCCACCAAUAGAGCUUUUGAAAACCAUUCAUAAGGGGAAAAAAAUAAUUCAUUUAGGCAUUAAUUUGGAAAAUACAUGUUAAAGUCUUUGUCAUUGGGAUUGCUUUCCUCUUUAGCACAGGACUUCUUUUUUCUUCUUUCUUUCAGAAAGAAAGCUGACCAAUACGCGGGGUCUGAAAAGCAAAUUGUUGUUGGAUUAUCUUUAAAUACCAGCUACUUUUUGAGCAGAAUUCUAGCUUUAUAUAGGCUAAUGUCCCUUUUGUUGAAAGGUGUGUAAUAAACAACUAGCACAUUUAUAUUUUGCAUUUUGUUUUCUUACUGUACCGAAAAUGAACCGAACCGUGACCUCAAAACCGAGUUACGUACCGAACCGAGAUUUCUGUGUACCGUUACACCCCUACUGACCCCUAUAGUAGAAUAAUAACAUUGAAAAGCUACACAAUCAAGUUAGUAAAGAGGCUAUAUUGAGGGGAGACUCGAGUAUUUUUGGGCAGUAUUUUGAGUUUCAUGCCUAAGAAAGAGCACAGUAACGAGAAGGUCAGAAAAGCUGCAUUGUGUCUUAGAUCUAGAGAUAGUGUAUCUAGAGAAGAAGUGGGGUGAUACAUGAGGAAGUUCGGUGUGACAGAUAAGGUUAGACUGGAAUUCCCAUGCUCGUGAUGAAACUAUGAUCUGCAGUGAAAGCAGAGGGAAGGUCGAGGGCAUUUACAAAGGCUGAGCAAAGGCAGAAUACACUAUACUGUAUGUGCAUGAAUGACAGAGGUGCAGUAAAUGAUAGUUAGCCUCCUAGUUAAAAUGAAUUUGCCGUCUAUUGUCAUCAAAGGCAGUAAAUUAGUUCAUCGCAAUAAUGCAGCGUCACACUUCACACAGGCAGGCCCACAAUUGACAGUAAAUAAUGACAAAUAGGAUCUUUCACUACAUUGUGACUUUGCUUCACUAUUUCAAAUUUCAUUUACUGCGUUACAUUUGUUGUUUGUGGCGCCCCAAGCUGGAAGAUGCGUUGCAUUUUUUAUAUCAACGUCCAUAGUGGACUUCUGCAGUCUUUGAGAUGCUCUUUGUAAUUCAAGGAGUGGAAAGACACUGCAUGUUGCUAGCUUCAUAAAGCUUGCAUGUGUUUUCUGGCAUGUUGGCCUUACAUUUUUAAUCUGAUAUUACAGUUAGGAAGGCGGCGAUCCAGUUCUUCAGCUACAUAAAAGGAAGGGUCUAUGUCGUCGUGUCACAUUAGGCUUACCAUUUAUUUUCAUAUAGUCUUUGCUCGGGAACUAGCCUUUCUCAAGUAAAACAGCAUUAUGUCAAGUUUUCCUAUGGACAGAACAAAGAGCUAAACCUUUCUUUGAAAAUAAACUCUGAGCUGUUAUAGUGGAAUUUCAAAUAUCUUGCAUUUAUGUGAGCACUCUCCAUUUUCUAUAAGACUUACCACACAUAUGCUUAUUGAUCCCCAUGGAAACACCAAGACAGAAAACAAGGAACAUAACGAUCAUUGUUAGUUGAUCAGAACUGAAUCACGAGUGUGGCUCAGUCACGGUUCUAUCUGGCUAAAGAAAAGAUCACAAGUGGUGUUUUGUAGACAAGCCUCAGUGUCUUGCAACAUAACGAGAGCACAUAAACUAAGUUAGAAUGAAGCUAGAAAUUGCUGUAUUGCUUAAAGAGCAUAUGACAGGAGAAAAAAAAGUCUUAAAUAGCAUUAUUAUGUGAAUUAGAAUAAUAUUUUGAGACGAUUCGACUAUAUACAAAAAUUUAGCAAAGCGCAGAUGACGAGAAAUUAUUCUUUUAAUCUGCAGUUAGCCACGCCUACAGUUAUAGGGCUCAAGCGUCCCCAACAGGUGGAUGACGUCAGCGGGAGACUGGGCUCAUCGGUUUUACUAUACAGUCCAUUGAGGGGGAAUUAUUCAGAACAAGGAAAACGCGACGAAGAGAGCCGCAAAAUGUCAUUGUUUCAGUCUCUCUACUCCAAUAUUUUUACAGGAUAUUCUUUUUAUGGAAGUAUUUUUCCCCAAUAGCUAAAUAAAUGGCUUGAGAAGGACCAGUCAGCCCGUUGAGGGGGAACUAUUCACAACGAGGAAAACGUGACGAAGAGAUAUGCAAAAUGUCAUUGUUUCUGUCUCUUUACUUUAAUAUUUUUACAGGAUAUUCUUUUUAUCCAAGUAUUUUUCCCCAACUGCUAAAUAAAUGGUAUGGUCAUGACAAAUAACAGUCUUGUGCUAAAUGGAAUAUGAAAUAAUAAAAAUGCACUUAUUCAGGACGACAUGGCAAAAUUACUCCAUAAUGGUCAAAACUGUCGACUUCACCUUUACUGUCGCACCUCCCGAACGAUAUUUUAUGACACCUAAAUCGGACAUUUGUCAUUUCCCUUCCCCGGCUUCGGAGAAUGUAAACAAACCAAGAGGCGUGACAGCUAGCCGACAUGCUAACCCGAACCGAGUGAUGUUUCAAAGUCUUCGAAGCGGAAAAUCACACAUAACUAGCCCGGAUUAUUUGACAUGACGACUGGGUUGUCGAUUGUCUUUGCGGAUCGGCAAACCGCCCGGCGGAGAGCAUUUACAGCUCGCUCCACGGAGGAGGGCGGCUGCAGUUGUUGUGCAGCUUAAGUGCAGCUAAUGUGCAUGAGGAGAGCUUUUUACAUGCCUAUCAAUGAUCAAACGUAAGUAAUCCUUUAUUUAAAGAAAGUUUGUAGUGUUUACAUUGUAAUCACUGUAUUCGUAUUUGCCAUAAUACAAAACAAGAUGUUUACUCACUUCCUCGUAAAUCCAAUGGUUCCACAGUUGUAGGGCUUGUUUUGGCCAAUAUCCACGGUGAAUGGGAACCUUUUGAAACUCCAAAAAGGCGCACACGCCUCUCCCUCAUACAGCAGAAUUUUUCUGCAGUCGUUUGGCUGGCGUGAUGCUAAAAAAUAAACGUAUUAAUCCGAAAAAUCAGCUGAAUCCUUAGUCCUCAUACACAACAGUGCGGCCGUAUAGUGAAGAGUACGCCCUCAUCCGUACACGUCACAGCACCCUCCUCCUCAAUGCAAGACAGAAGCCGGAAGUCACUUAUUUUCAUGGAGCGGGAUUUAAAAAAAAAUAAAUAUAGCGAUCGCUUCCACACACAUCCAAGUGGUCCAUAUCAUUCAGGAGCAUAAAAUACCGCGUGUAUUAUGAAAGAAACAUGCUUUUUCGUGUCACAUGCGCUUUAAACGCAUCAACAUUAGUACAGCAUAGGUAAUUAUGAUUCAGCUGUAUCAUGUUUUUUUCUAGGGAACAUAAAUGGAACCUAAACAAUCAUAUACUCAGAAAAUGUUUACUUUGUGGUCACAUGGUCACCCAGUAUUGCUUGGGCAGAAUACAGAAAAAGUUGUGAGUUUUGUGGCCAUGCAUCAACUGAGCUUUAAAGCAAGACUUUGCAACUUUUCAGUUUAGUCGAUUUUAGCGACGCCGGUGGACAAAAGCAGUAGUGUUUCCCAUGAGGACCAGCGUACACCUGAACAGUGUUGUAAAAUCAUCAAUGAAUCAAAAAUCAAUGUCCAGGUCGUCUGCAGAUGUAUUAACCAACAUUUUUGUUUCCAGCGGCUAUGUGAAGGACAGAUAGUAAUAAGGUAAUGAAUCCAGCUGUGGCUAAAAAAUAAAUAUGAUGUUUAGCAACCGUGUGGCUAACAUCCUCACCCAAACUCAUCAGUGCUGACGAGUUCGGUUAGCCAGCAAGUGAAAGCCGGGCCAAUAAUUAUUCUGUAUAUCCUGGUAGCCUCUCCUAUUUUUCCUCCUCAGACAAAACAUUUUGAUCCCUUGUUGCUCUGCAUCUUUGCAGCAUUCGCGCAAAAUGUUCGCAUCGACUUCUGUCUUUAUAGCAAAAGGAGAAGGGUGAAGUGACGUAUGCCUUUACGCAGUCAUCACCUUUGUAGUUUUUUGUGUGGCAGGGUUCCUGCCACCCUCCUCAAAGUUAAUUAGUGCCGGUGAGUUUCACCUCCUCCAGCCUUCGUAUAACACAGCUGACUCAAUGACACUGUGCAACAACCGGUGAGGGAGGGUUGAGCCAUGCAGCUGCAAGCGAGGGACUUCUCCCUGCAUUUUUGGGACAUAAAAACACCUAGGGACGGUGUGACAGAAAAUUUUUGCGAUUUUGAAACCUUGACGUUGUCAUACCUUGAAACCGGUAAUCGGCGCAUGUCUAGAGCUUAAGUCGCCUUCAGAUGAACCAUUUUGUCCAUAAUUUCAAAAUAUUGUUUUCCACAAACAAAAUACUCAACACCAAUGGAGUACCAUUCCAUGGUAGUUUCUGAUGUAACACAAUGAGAAAGCCUAGUGGUUUGUAGUUGUCAAUACUCUACAACAUAAGCACAGCAGAAUUAUUCAUCUCAUUCGGGCCCUCCACAUUGGGGAAUAGCCUGAAAUAACAGCUCCACUCCCGCAUUAGGAGACGGCUUCAUUAGAGCUCGCCGAGCCUGUGAAGCAUCUCCCACUAUGGGACCUCCCAGUCCUUCUAGUCAAACUCCCAGACAACUUCACUUUCAUCUCGUGCCACUGAGGUGAAUACAAAGGGGUUAGGUGAGCUUUCAUGUUUUUUUUUUGUUUUUUGUUUUUUUUUUUAAUUUUAUGUAAGGGAUUUGUUUUGUGGCUGGCUGUCUUGUCUACUAAAUGUCUUCAAAUUAAAGUUGCCACAGUCAGAGACAUGAUUGGUGAGGUCUUUGCACUUGGGUUUGUUCAAAUUUCCCUUCAGUUAAACCUAGUGGGGACAGAGUCAAGUCUAGUCUUCCAGUUGUGAAGAUGACCUGUUGUUGACUAAACAUGCCAUUAGUUGUGUGUACAUACGGUUUGUGUGCAUAUUAAGCCUGCACGAUAUAUCGUUUGAAUAUCGCCAUCACAAAGUGUGCAUGCGAAAUGGUCACAUCGCACAAUGUGCAAUUUUUUUUGUGGUUUUUAUAGGGCUGUCAAACGAUUAAAAUUUUAAUCGAGUUAAUCACAGCUUAAAAAUUAAUUAAUCGUAAUUAAUCGCAAUUAAUCGCAAUUCAGACCAUCUAUAAAAUAUGCCCUAUUUUUCUGUAAAUUAUUGUUGGAAUGGAAAGAUAAGAUCCAAGACGGAUAUAUACAUUCAACAUACUGUACAUAAGUACUGCAUUUGUUUAUUAUAUCAAUAAAUCAACAAGAUGGCAUUAACAUUAUUAACAUUCUGUUAAAGCGAUCCAUGGAUAGACAGACUUGUAGUUCUUAAAAGAUAAAUGUUAGUCCAAGUUAAAGAAAUUUUAUAUUAAAACCCCUCAAUGUUUUUGUUUUAAUAAAAUUUGUAAAAUUAUCAAACAAAAAAUAAACUAGUAGCUCGCCAUUGUUCAGCACCACCAAUUCUCAUGGUGCUGAAAACCAUAAAAUCAGUCGCACCCAAGCGCCAGCAGAGGGCGACAAAACGCCAAGAACACAAGUAACAAGUGCACAUGUCACUGUACUGUCAUUUUAAUCUGUUUGAGCGGGGCAUGUGCGUUAAUUGCGUCAAAUAUUUUAACGUGAUUAAUUUUAAAAAUUAAUUACUGCCCGUUAACGCGAUAAUUUUGACAGCCCUAGUUUUUUACCAUUUAAACGUUUGUAGUUCACAAAAGUUGCAAGUGUGCAGAUCCUGGAUUCAUUUUAUAUACAGCAAGCAUGGAUUAAACGGCAUUAUAUUAAUCAGGGAUGUCCCCGAUCUGAUCAUGUGAUUACAAAUCGGGUCGAUCGCGCCAUUUUUCAGAGGAUCGGAAUCAGGUGACGAGGAUCGGGUGUUUAAAGUAAAAAAUGUUUUUCUGCUUCAAACUCGUACAGCCUCUCACCCUCCCUCCUGCUAAGCAGUGUGACCAAACUGUUUGUCCUGGUCACCAGUGCAGCUGGCGUUUGGUACUUAACCUUAACGAUGAUUGACAGGUUUGUAGCUUUGACCUGGCCAUAGAAGCCUCGGUAUCUUUCCAAUCAAAGGAUCAAAUGUGUUAAUCACUGUUAAACUUGCAGCCUGGUCUAAAGGUUUCUGUGCCAACUCAUUCAUUGUGUAAGUGAGAGGCUGUUGUCUGCAGCGUGAGUGAAUUUGAGUGGACUCACUCAAUGACGCAUUGAAUAAAGAUGAGCCUUUUUCUACGUUAUUCUUGUUUAAAAAUAAUUCACAUUAUGAAGGCGGCACGGUCAGACAGUGGUUAGCACGUCCACCUCACAGUUCUGGGAUCAUGGGUGCUUUCAGUGUGGAGUUUGCAUGUUCUUCCCAUGCCUGCGUGUGUUUUCUCCGGGUUCCUGCCACAUCCCCCAAAAAACGUGCAUGGUAGGCUGAUUGAACACUCCAAAUUGUCCAUAGGUGUGAGUGUGUGGGUGAAUGGUUAUGUGCCAAUAUGUGCCCUGCGACUGGCUGACAACCUGUUCAGUGUGUACCCCGCCUUCUGCCUGGAGAUACCUGUGAUAAGCUCCAACACCCCUGUGACUCUCGUACAACUCGCGCCCCCCGAGACGGAGAGGUGCAAGGCGUAGAUUACAACUUCCUGUCAGUGGAAGAUUUCCUAGAACUUGAAGAGAGUGGCACACUGCUUGAAAUUGGAACGUAUGAGGGUAACUAUUAUGGGACCCCCAAGCCGCCGAGGCAGCCCAUCAUUGGGACAGUGAUUCUCAGCGAUGCUGGCUCCCAGCAGUCCACCCCGAAGCGCACAAAGUCCUACAAUGACAUGCAAAGCGUCCGAGUAGUGCCUGCUGACGACGACGAUGACGACCAGGCCUCGGAAAUGAACAACACUUUCACAGGUUCCUUAGUGCGUAGUCUCUUCCCCUCUCCUUUGUUGUGCGCAGGUAACCCUAGCGACCAGGAUGAGAGCCGUGGUGGCAUCCUCAGGCCGUACCUCGCACGUGACAACGCUCCUUCCUGUGGUCUGAACAAUGCGGCCAUAUCCACAGCAGACAGCGGACAGCAGACCUUGGCUGAGCCGCAGGUCUCCCCGGAAGAUGCACUGGGGCCGUUGCCGGAAAACUGGGAGAUGGCAUACACUGAGAAUGGAGAACUUUACUUCAUAGACCACAACACAAAGACCACGUCCUGGUUGGAUCCCCGGUGUCGAGACAAAGCCUGCAGACCUAUGGAUGAGUGCGAUGAUGAUGAAGAGGGGAUACAUACGGAAGACCUGGAGAGUGAUUUAGAGCUGCCGCCAGGAUGGGAGAGGAUAGAUGACCCAGUGUACGGAAUUUACUACGUGGAUCAUAUAAACAGGAAGACCCAGUAUGAGAACCCAGUGGUGGAGGCGCGGCGUCGAAAAAUCCUGCAGGAGCAGCAGCCGCAGCCUCCAGAAGGUGAGCGGUACAUUCGAGAGUGGAUAGAGGAGCACUCAUCAGCGGCAGCACCAUUGGUAAACUACGUUCCCAACCACCUUGAGACAUACAGGGACCCUCAAGUCCCACCAAGUCUACCAGCGGUCCCAACGGGAGCCAAACGGGGGAAGCCAUUCUUUACUAGAAACCCAGCAGAGCUUAAAGGAACCUUUAUCAACACCAAGCUGAAAAAGAGCCGUCGUGGGUUUGGCUUUACUGUGGUUGGAGGAGAUGAGCCAGAUGAGUUCCUACAGAUCAAGAGUCUGGUUUUGGAUGGACCAGCAGCAGUGGAUGGCAAGAUGGAGACAGGUGAUGUCAUCGUCAGUGUGAACGACACCAUUGUACUGGGUUACACACACGCUCAAGUGGUGAAGAUCUUCCAAUCCAUCCCCAUCGGUUCUAUGGUGGACUUGGCCUUAUGCCGUGGGUACCCGCUGCCAUUUGACCCCGACGACCCCAACACCAGUCUGGUCACAUCGGUGGCCAUCGUAGACAAAGAGCCCAUUAUCGUCAACGGGCAGGAAACCUUCGACUCACCUUCCAACCCGAGCGGACCGCUCAACGGACAGAGAGAACCGCGGGCGCACAGCCCGUCAGCCGACGUUAUGUCCAAUAGCCUGCACGGCUACACCAGCGAUGUGGUCACUCUGGCCUCAUCUAUAGCCACCCAGCCCGAGCUCAUCACCAUCCACAUGGAGAAGGGAGACAAAGGAUUUGGCUUCACCAUCGCAGAUAGCCUGACAGGCGGUGGGCAGCGGGUUAAGCAGAUCGUGGACUACCCACGCUGCCGGGGCCUCAAGGAGGGAGACAUUCUGAUGGAGGUUAACAAAAGAAAUGUCCAGAACAUGAGCCACAACCAGGUGGUGGACCUGCUGAGCAAAUGCCCCCGAGGAAGUGAAGUCACAAUGCUGGUGCAAAGAGGAGUGGUGCCAGCCAAGAGGAGUCCAAAGCUGGUGCAUCAGUUAGAAAGAAAGGACAGCCAGAGCAGCUCCCAACACAGCGUGUGCAGCCAUCGCAGCGCCCACACGGACUCACCUAGCCACGCGCCCUCUACUAUGCCCAGCGAGGCUGUAGUACCCACUCCCGCUGCCCCCACCCAGCCGCUGCCAGGCUUGCCCCCCCACGAUCCUGCAGAUGGAACCCUUACCCUCCAGAAGAAGCCAGACCCGUUUAAGAUCUGGGCGCAGUCAAGGAGCAUGUACGAGAGCAGAUUGCCAGAUUGCCAGGAGCAGGAUAUUUUCCUUUGGCGAAAGGAUACAGGUUUUGGUUUCCGUAUCCUUGGGGGAAAUGAGCCUGGGGAGCCUAUCUACAUAGGUCACAUAGUGAAAUAUGGUGCGGCAGAUGAGGAUGGACGCCUGCGGUCAGGCGAUGAGCUAAUCUGCGUGGACGGCACGGCAGUGGUGGGCAAGUCUCACCAGUUGGUGGUGCAGCUCAUGCAGCAGGCAGCCAAGCAGGGCCACGUCAACCUCACAGUCAGACGGAAGACCCCUGGAUUCCCAGUGUCUAAAGGGGAAGGUGACGUUCCGCCAUCACCCGCUUCCUCCCACCAUAGCAGCACUCAGGCACCCAGCCUGACGGAAGGCAAGAGGACCCCCCAAGGAAGCCAGAACUCUCUCAACACGGUCAGCUCGGGAAGCGGGUCUACCAGCGGCAUUGGCAGCGGCGGAGGAGGCGGCAGCGGGAGUGCCGUGGUUCCUGCCUCUCUACAGCCGUAUGACGUGGAGAUCCAACGUGGAGAAAACGAAGGCUUCGGUUUUGUCAUUGUGUCAUCUGUUUCUAGGCCUGAUGCCGGAACCACCUUCGCUGGAAAUGCAUGUGUGGCCAUGCCCCACAAAAUAGGACGCAUCAUCGAGGGCAGCCCGGCAGAUCGCUGCGGCAAGCUGAAAGUUGGCGAUCGAAUCCUGGCUGUCAAUAGCUGCUCUAUUACCAACAAGUCCCACUCGGACAUCGUCAACCUGAUCAAGGAAGCUGGAAACACUGUCUCGCUCAGGAUCAUCCCCGGUGAUGAGUCUUCCAAUGCUUCUCUGCUGACCAAUGCUGAGAAGAUAGCUACUAUCACCACCACACACACUCCUCAGCAGUCCAAAGAGUCGCGGAAUAAUUCCAAGUCAAAAGGAGUUCCUCCUCCUCCACCAACACAAACUUCACAGGACACCGAGUUCUACUCUGUGGACCUCGAGCGUGAUAGCAAAGGUUUUGGUUUUAGCCUUAGAGGAGGGCGGGAGUACAAUAUGGACCUUUAUGUGUUGAGACUCGCAGAGGACGGAGCGGCUGUCAGGAAUGGCAAGAUGAGGGUGGGGGAUGAAAUCCUGGAAAUUAAUGGCGAGAGCACAAAGAACAUGAAGCAUUCGCGUGCCAUUGAGCUGAUCAAAAAUGGAGGGCGGUGGGCACGGCUUGUUCUGAAACGUGGGGAUGGAUCUGUACCUGAGUAUGACGGCAGCCAUGACGGGUACCCUCCCACACUCGGGGCACAAAACACUUCGGAAGUGAGAACGCUGCCACCCAACAGCCGAUAUCACACUUCAUUGGAGUCCAGUUAUCCACCAGACCUUCACACAACAUCACGCCAGGAGGAGGCUGGGCGUGGCCGAGACAGGACCAGGGACAGGGUUGGGUCAGAUCAGAUGGACUAUCAAGGCCGACCGUUUAACCCUCACCUUCACCACACCUGGAAUAACAAUCACAGUCACAGUACUCCCCGACAGCCGUCCCCGGACAACAGCAACGGUAGCAGUGGCAAGAAAACCCGUGGGCGCAAAGUCAAAAAGUCUGAGUCUGAAAGCGGCAUUUCCAAGCUCCUAAAGACUCUGAGGAAGGACAACUCUGGGAAGAAGGCUGCAGCGACACAGAAACUCAGGGGCCAAGGGCUCUCAAACAGUAGCUCGACUUUGGAGAGGAGGUUUCGUGCACAACGCCACGGUUCCCUAGAUCGCUCGCCAACGCGAAAGCGCACCUCCUCCCCCGAUCGUAGGCGGGCCAAGUCAAUGGACCGCAGGGCCGAGCGGGCGCAACGGGAUCGUACGCCUCCGAGGGAGUAUGACGACGGAGGCUUCCUCGCCGUCACCCCUGAGCGCAAAUUAUAUGAAAGGCGGCUCCUUAAGGACUCGCAGUUGAGCGUGCGAGUCACCCCUGAGCGCUUUAACAACAACGGCGGCGAUUCCUCAUCUCUUUCUAGGGGUCGCACGUACGAUCGGGUCAGCAAGAAUGGCAAUCUGUUGCGAGACUCUUCCCCCGAGUGCUAUCGGAUGAACGGAACCCCGGAGAGGCGAUACAGAGUGGAGCGGGACUCUUCCCCUGACAGCAACUACAGCCGGGACGAGCAGAACUAUGCAGCAGCACCCAGACUUAAAGACUACUAUAGCAUGAUGAAGAACAAUGCUGCACACAAAAAUGCUGCAUACAAGAACACAGGCCACAACAACAACACAGUUUGCCAAAGCCCUAACCAGCUCCCUGAGCCUAAAAGAAAGCUGUACAAAGAAAGCCCCAAAGACCUCAGCAUCUAGAGCGGAGUGAACUCUUUCCCCUAUACAAAGUGUGUACCAUACACUGGAAUUGGACUAAUGAAGACCCUAACGGUUUAUUGAUUGACUUAACUUCUUGUGAUCCCAUCUAGAGAGUCCUAUAACAGCAGGAGUACAAUCCCAUCCACUCACACUGGUCGUUUUGUCAUUGUUACGUUGCUCAUAAUAGGUUAUUGUACUAUUAUAGAAGUAUUGUAUGUGCCUGCAUAUGAAAUCGGUGAUUUUGCUUUUUUGUCCUCAUUGCUGGAUCUAAAUGGUUUGCUCCCUCCCACACAGUACGAGACAUGCUUCCAAUUGUGCUUUCUUAUAAAUUUUAUUAAGCAUCGAUUACUUUAAUGAACAAUUGAGAGCACAAUUCACCCAAUGGCUUACAAGAACUGUGGAAAUCUCAUUGGGAGGUGUUAAAAUUCGCAGAACUGGAGCUAAAGAAGAGGGUUGAUUUUAUAAAUAAUUUAUUUCUUUCAUGCGUCUGAUUGCUGUUUUUACUCAAUUUGGCACAUAUCGAACGCGUUUGGUUAAAGCCUAAGGGUAUAUGUUGAAAAAGCAUGCUUGGCAAAUUUUGUGUCCCUUUAUUUUUUUAAAUGCGUCUUGAAAUCACUCUAGUUCCCAAACUAAAAAUGGGAAGGUUGGCGAUAUGCCGUAAACAAUGACUGAGCUAAACAAUAAAGUAGCCACGAUUUCAGCCAACAUAAAAAAUGAGUAGAUGGAAUUCAGAGGAAGAAUGCAUAAGGUUAUUAUCCAUGUUCAUGCUUGGAGAAUUUAAGUUGUGCUCGCCACUGAAAUUUUUGUAUGAAUGAAAUCAACAAAUACAAACAUUCCCAUCCAGCAUCUGGCCGUCAUCUUAUAACUCCUCAGAUUUUAUUGCGCUUCAUUGGUAGAGAUGGAGAAACUGCAACAUUAUUAAACAUUUUGAAAAAAAUCAUCAGAGGAUGAGCAGAACCCAGUGGUGUUAACAGGAUGCCAGGUAUGGGUGGGCAUUAGUCUUACCUGGGGGGGGGCAAAAAAAAAAAAGCUACAAUGCUCAAGUAGGUCGAAAUCCAGCGUAGGGCUCCUGCACCUUAAAACAUGUUUUGUUUUCUCCUUGAGAUAACUUGUGAUUUGGUCUAAACAAAUAAAAGAUUAUUUGAGUUUAUUUGACUUAGAACACAUCCAUAACUUAACAGUAUGGACAUGCAGGUGACAAUGUUUAUUUAGGUAACCUAUUGUGGUUCCUCGGUUUUAUUAUUUUUAUUAUUAUUAUUAUUAUUAUAGUUAUUCUUUGUUCCGCAGCCCCUUUGAGCUCAAUUUGACCCCCUUAGAAUGCUUCAAAAUGCACCAAAAUCGGCAGGCAGGUCAAGACAGGUGCAAUCUUUGAUACUGUGUAAAGGCAAAUUUCAAAUACACUAUGUAUGUAGCACCAAGCGCCCCCUAGCAGUCAUUCUUUGUUCCGCCGACGCUUUGAGCCCUACUUUGACCCCUCUCAGAAUGCUUCAAAACUCACCAAACUCAACAGCCAGGUGAAUACUGGUGAAAACUUUGAUAAAAUGUAAAAAAAAAAAAAAAUUUUUUUUUAAUAUAUCAAAAUAUGCGUAAAUGUGUGAAGCGCCCCUUAGGUAACAACGCAAAGGUUAAAACUUAAAACACAUCAGUACAAUAUGAAUGGGAUACCAUACGUGGUACCCAGACUGCCGUUAGUACUACAUCCAGUUUUCUUUGGGUGAGCAAAGUGUGUCCGUGGGUGGGCACUGUCCCCAUCUGACCCCCCCCCCCCGUAAUGCUCCCGACAGAACCUAUUUUUGUUUCUGAUUGAUAAUAUUCUCAUUACGUUAUUUGGUAAGCACUAGCUGCAAUGCAGUUACCUAAAAUUACAACUACCAUUUGCUAUACCAUUUUUACUCGUUCCUAAAGCAAACCACAAGCACUUUUUUAAAUGACAGCUUCUUUCGACUAAAACCAGACACGCUGACCGAGAUCCAAAACAAUUCUUGUGAUAACAGACUUUCCCAGUACAGAAGAACAAUCUGCCAUGCUGAGCCACACUGUCACCCCACUGGAGUAGGACUGCUGCUUCAUAGCGUGUUUUUUGUGUGUUUUUGUCUCACAACAAAUGCAUAGGCUACUGAAAGGCACAUUUGUAUUAUAUUUUUCUUCGUGAGAAGGACAGGUUUUAAAGAGUUCAAGUUGGCUCUCCUCAGAGCUAAAGUCGAUGAAUGGCAAGUAAGCAAAAGUGAAUAUGUCAAUCUCUUGCUAUGUCCGUUUCGCUGGUUAGCUUGGACCGCUCAAGAACACUCUGAAAAUGUAUGUCCUACAUCAGACAUUAUAUAUCUACUAUUCUUGGUGCGUGUGCGUGAUUUUCCUGUAGUCAGCCGUGUCCCAUCGGCCCAUCACAAAAUCUUGUCAUCUCGUGACGCUGUUUUACCACCUUGGCAACAACAAUUUCGCUAAUACAUGUAGGGAAAUUGACUCGACACCUCCCCCUGAUGUCGUCUUGCGUUGUCCUUGGUUACAUCUUAGCAAAACUGGUUUAUAUGUGAUUCUAUUUUUUGGAUAAAGCAUGAUUUAUUCAUGACCACCGUUGACCGCCAUAGUACUACAGACAGAGAAAAACAAUUCGUUUAUAAUGUUCACCUCUUGGCCCUCACCUGUAAAGAUUUUUCCUAUGUGAUUAUUGGGAACGUGUGGAGGAAUGAAAAUGUUGCCUUUUUCAUGUACAAAAGAGAAAUUUAUGAUAAACCUCAGCUGUGAGGAAUGUGAUAGUGUUUUUAUCUCUGGAUGGACCUGACGAUUUAUGGGAACUAUGUUGAUUUACUCUGGAUCAGGUGUGUAAAGACCUUUUCAAAUGAAAGACUAAUUGGUCAGAAGCUGUUUGUCUGUUUGAAUCUUAGCCUGCCUUUGUAUUAUAAAGCACUUGUAUGCAGUCUGUGUUCUUCAAGCAUUAUUUCUUGCAAUGUGAUCCAGACUGUGUAUGUGUUGAUAAGAGCAGUACAUGUAUAUGGGAUUUUUUUUUUUUUUUUUUAUAAAACUAUGCAUAUAUAAAUAUUACAUUGUUCAUAGCUUUAUUUGAUCCAUGAAGCUAUACAUAACAUUAGUCUAAGUACAAGUAGAUGUGGACUUAUCCAGCUUCUUUCCUUGAAAUGGAUUACACUGUAUAUGUAGCUAUCAAAAGAAGUCUGUGAAUGCUAUUUUUAUUAUCAAAAUAAAGUUUUCCAUACAAAUUUGUAGAGGAA